UUAAAAGAUUAAAAUCUAUAAUACGAAUGUUUCCAAAUUUAAAUUUAUCAAUAAAAAUUACUUUCUUUUAUCAAAGUGAUACUGGGAAUCACCACUAUACCUUCUAAAAUGUCGGAGGAGUAUAAUAUGUACAAAAUAUAGAAAUUGAUGAAUCGUGAUGUUCCUCAAUUACGUGAUUGCCACCCUUUCUAUCUGUCUCUAUUUGCAUGGAUUUUUCCCAAUACCGGCUCGACCCAUUGAAAAAUCUCCCCCCAGCAACCGAACUCAAUCUCCAAAUUCCAGGAAACUGGUCUUCGUAGUAAUCGAUGCCCUACGUGUCGACUUUAUUUCCGACACAAAAACACCAUUCUUAUCAAAAUCGUUUAAAAAUAAUGGUUGUUUCAUUCAUCUCAAAGUUGAAACUCCAACCGUUACAUUACCACGAAUUAAAGCCUUGACGACAGGAAAUGUACCCCAAUUUGUCGAUAUUAUACUGAAUUUGGCCAAUCCGACAAAGGUUGAAGAUAGUUUCAUUCAUCGGGCUCACGCUGCAGGCAAGAAGAUUGUCUUUUAUGGUGAUGAUAUUUGGGUUAAGCUUUUUCCCGAUGAGUUUGUCAGGAGUGAAGGGACUUCGUCAUUUUUUGUUAAUGAUUUCACGGAGGUGGACGAUAAUGUCACACGAAAUAUUAGAUGGGAAGUCGAGAGGAACGAUUGGGAUAUUAUGAUUUUGCACUAUUUAGGUUUGGACCACAUAGGUCACGUUUACGGCCCCAAAUCUCCGCUCAUUUUAACCAAACUCAAAGAAAUGGAUUCUAUAUUGAGGGAAAUCUACAGGACUAACGCGAUUUUAAUGGUAACAGGUGACCACGGGAUGAGAGACAGUGGGGGGCACGGGGGCUCCACCCAUCCUGAAACCAAUGUCCCCUUAAUCGUUUUAGGGCUACCUUGCAAUAAUGACUCUUUUGCCCAAAUUGAUAUUCCCGCCAAUUUGGCUAUACUGCAAAAUUUCGAUGUUCCAACCACUAGUAUUGGCCAACUUCACCAAAGUUUGUUAUCUCAUUUGCCACAAUCAGAAUUUUUACAAGCAUUGAGAUACAACACUUUUUUGUUGACAAAUAAGCUGGAUUUAUGCGGAGAAACGAUUCACACUGCUGACCAUUUUUUCGAUUUAUUUCUACUUAAUCACAACAAAGAAUUGGCCGAAAAUGCGGCCCAAUUGUACAAGAAUUGUGCACAAAAAAUUAGUGAAUCGUUGCAAAAGACCUCAGUUCGACAAAACAUUACAUCUUUGAUUAUAGCGACUGUUACAAUAAUUGUAAUUUUAUUGAAAAUCUUUCAAAAACUUGUUGGGGUUUCCCCGAAAACUGAUAGAUUCCAACAAAUGGUGAUGUUGGCAGUGCUGUUUUUACAGUUUGCCCAGUUUCACGUUACUAUGGAUAUUGUGCUUACCUUGACAGUAUUAUUUUUACUUGUUAAAAAUUUAGUGUGUUUUGAAACAAAACAUUUGAAGCAUGUUGACAGAUCGUUCUUGACAUUGAUGUCAACUGUGCAUCCGUUGUCAUUCUUAUCGUCGAGUUUCUUGGAAGAGGAGCACCAAUUUUGGUAUUUUUUCACAAACACUUUUUUUUUGUUUAAUAUUAUGACGGAUUUGAAAAAAAUUAAAUAUUGGAUUUUGCUUUUUGUUGCAAUCAGAUUCAUACGCACAAUUAAUCAAGUUGGCGAUAAAUGGGCCGCGUUGCCAGAUUUAGCCGACUGGUUGCUACAAAACGAAAAUUAUUUAUUUUUGCAAGUAAUUUUUAUUGCAGGGUUAAUUUCCUCAUAUUUUUGUAACAGUAUAUUUGCAAAAUCGAAAUUUAGUAAAUUUAUCGAUGCAUUAGUGUUGAUUUUAAUUUAUAUAUUUCGAUCUGUUUUCGAAAAUAUAAUUCUGGGUCAAGUUUUGUGGUUUCUUCUUUUUAUAAAAUUUAUACUGUGUGUUUCAACGAAGGAAAGUUUUGCAUCAGUUUGGUUAUUACUUAUUAAUCUGUUACUCAAGCCCUAUAAUGUGAUACUUAUUCCAGUUUGUGUAUUAGCUAGUCGACUUUUCCACAAAGCUUUAAAAACCGAAAAUGUAAUUAUGGCCCAUAGGUGGUUGGGUAAUUUGUUAUUUUAUGCCCAAGGGCACGAUAAUAGUUUAGCAAGUGUUGAUAUUUCGAGCGGUUAUAUCGGAUUACGCGAAUAUAACCCUCUGUUAGUUUUCCCUCAAGUAUUGUGCCACACGUACGCCUUUCCGGUAUUAAGCGAUUUGCUACUUUUCACAAACAGAAAAGUAAACAUUUUCAAAGGUCUCCCCAUUUUUGUGUUAUUUAGAUUAUACAUUAUUGUACUAGUUUUUAUAAUAACUUUCAUACACAGACACCAUUUGUUUAUUUGGUCAGUUUUCGCCCCAAAAUUGUUUGUUGAAGCAAGUCAUUUUGGGUUUUUAUUUAUUGAAGUUUGUUGUUAUUAUUUCAUUGAUUUAAUAAAAAGACUGUGUUACUAAAAGUACAUUUUUUAAAUAAAACAACGGUUAU